AUGUCGCCGGAGCAGCUGAGGAUGAGAACUGUUAUAGCGCUAAUCCUUCUGCUUACCUUCGGUACAACCUUGAUGUGUGUUAGUGGUUUGCGUGCAACGGUGACGUCUUCGUCCUCCUCCUCUUCCUCCAAAUCGACAAAUCGGAUAGGAAACCAGUGCAGCAUGGAUGACAUCGUGUUGCACCAAGACGCGACGCCGCCGCUGCCCAGUGGGAUCCCAACGUACACGGUGAAUGUGCAGAAUCUUUGCCCGUUGAAAGACGGGUGUGCCAUGGGCCAAAUCCACCUAAGCUGCGGCAAGUUUAGCAGCGCUCGCCAAAUCAACCCCAGCAUCUUCCGCCGCCUCAGCAUCAACGACUGCCUCCUCAACGACGGCCGCCCCCUCCGCCCGGGCGAAACCAUCUCUUUCCAGUACGCCAACUCCUUCUCUUACCCCAUGGCUGUUUCCAGCGCCACCUGCGUCCCCUCAGCCUAA